AUGGCCCUCGAGGAGAAAUUGGCCAAGAUAAAGUCGCCUAACCUCCAGAGUCAACAGCAUACUGCUGUAGUCCUGUCCUCGAUCGAAGAAACCCUCACUGAGCAGAAAACAAAAUUCACUCCCACGGCAUACUUUGCCGCUCUCCUCGCCCUCUUGAAGCAAUCUACUUCUGCAGGAGGGGACAACGACGUUGUCACCUCGGCUAUCUACCUGCUCGAUCUGAUCACUUCCCAUGUACCUACAAGCCUCCUCCGCUCUCAAUUCACCACGAUCCUGUCAUUGUUGGCGCCCUACCUAAACGCCUCUUCAGCGAACGGACCUUUGUUACGGUCAGCCAUUGGAUGUCUGGAGUCGCUGUUGAUUGCCCAAGAUGCUGCAGCAUGGAAUCUUCCGCAGACUCUAGCCAGCCCCCGGCAGACAGUCCCGGUAUUGCUCACACUGGCUAUUGACACAAGACCUAAAAUAAGGAAACGAGCGCAGGAGGCCAUAACCAAUGUUCUGAAGAAUCCUCCACCGGGGCCUGCGAUUGAUCACCCGGCCGCCGAGCUGUGCGCAGCGGCAGCACAGAAUAAUCUCAAGAACGCUGUGGACCUAGUUCAUCAGGUACGGCGGCAGAAGGGUCGACCGGACGACAGCCAUGAGCCCGCCGUGAUUCAUGCUCUGCAACUGACCAAAACUGUUGCGGUUGCAUCGGGUGGGUGGCCAAGCAAGAAGAUCGAAUCACUCUGCGAGUUGUUGCUGUCCAUAUCCAGGUCGAGGAAUGACUACUUGGUCAUGAGCGCUUUUGAGGUGUUCGAAGUGAUAUUCGAGGGAAUGCAGGAUGAAGUUUCAUCUUCAAAAUUGCCACGCUUGCUGGAAGCGAUCGUGGAUUUGAAGCCUCCGCAGAACGACUCUCAGCUGCUGCCUUCCUGGAUAGCAAUCUUGUCGAGGGCCUACGGCACAGCCGCAGUGGUUGAGCCCGAAGACACUUUCGCGAAGUUGCCGGAGCUUUGGGAUCUAGUGACACCUUUUCUGACGAGUCCAUCUCACAACAUCAGAGUCUCGGCGUCGGAAUGUCUCAUUUCGUUCCUCGCAAACUGUAUUCCGGACAGUGUCAUAUCUGACCCGUCUGUUUAUGACGAAAAGCUGCUAGAGCAGCUCUCGAAAAAGGCCCUUGACCUCCUGUCCGUGAAAUAUCAGACAGCCUGGAUGGAGGUCUUCAGCACUCUGAGCGCCAUUUUUGAUGUGCUCCGGUGGCGGGGUGAUCCGUUCUUGCUCCCUAUUGUAAAGGCAAUCGGUGAGUUACGAAGUCACGAGGGAUUCCAAGGCAAGAAGGAAGCAGACGCAGUCCUUGGUCAUGCUAUUCGCAACGUUGGCCCCGGUGCCGUAUUGAGCGUUCUCCCUCACAAUCUUAUCAAACCACAGCCAGGUCAACCCGGCAGAGCAUGGCUUCUCCCGUUACUGAGAGAUCACGUAUCCAACACGAAUAUAGCACAUUUCCGAACCGAUCUAGUCCCUCUCAGCGAGGUGAUGUAUCAGCGGAUCAUCAAUCAUGGCAACGUUGAGAAGACAAUGGACAUUAAGGUCUUCGAGACUGUGGUCCAGCAAGUCUGGGCGACCUUGCCAGGCUAUUGCAAUCUUCCCCUCGACUUGCAAACGGCCUUUGACCAGCCCUUUGCUGAGAUGAUCUCAAAUCUUCUUUACAAGCAGGCUGAUCUGAGAGUUGAUCUGUGUCGAGGCCUACAGAAUCUAGUGGAAUCAAACCAGGCACUCCUAGCAUCGGAUCUUCCGGAUGAGGUCCUAUUGCUAGAACGCCGAAUACAAAGGCCAGAUGCAGAGAAGAAUAUUCAGCACUUGGCCCAUUUCGCGGGCAACCUUUUGGCCGUUCUGUUCAAUGUCUACAGUCAAACAUUACCCCAGUCUCGUGCAUACAUUUUACAAUGUAUUAAUAGCUACCUCAGCAUUACACCCGAGAAGGAUUUGGUGGACACUUUUGAGCGAGUGUCAAAGAUGCUCCAAGAUGUACUUCCUCCAGCCGAUCAGCCACCUCGAAAAAAGGAACAAAACCAACCAUCUAGCAGCAAACUCCCUCCAACCUCUCACACCCUACUCGAUCUCGUCAUCGCGCUCUCCGUCCAUUUACCAAGAUCGACCUUUUCCUCCCUCUUCUCCAUCUCUUCCAACAUCUUGACUAACCCAACAAUCCUGAAAUCCGAUCCGCAACUCAUCAAGAAAGCAUACAAGCUCAUUCCCAGAUUAUCGACUUCCCCUGUUGGAGCAGAGGCGCUCGCUGCCCGCAACGGGGAACUGCAAGAAUUGAUUCUUCGGACUUCAGAAAUAACGCCCGUCCCUGCCCGACGAGAUCGCAUCCUUGCGAUUGAUACACUCGUCUCUUUCCUCCCUCUUACUGACCUCCAUUUCAUUCCAAGCAUGCUCAGUGAAGUUGUGUUGGCUUGUAAAGAUAGCAAUGAGAAAGCUCGUACUGCGGGAUUUGAUCUGCUCAUCGCGCUCACGAAUAAAAUCUCAAGCCCGUCCAAUCCUCCCGGUACCACGAUUCGAAAUCACCUCGUACCGCACAUGCCGGACGAUUCUCCGGACGCGCCGGCAACUCUGGAGGAGGUUUUCACCAUGGUGAGCGCCGGGUUAGCUGGUGUGGCUCCACACAUGGUCGCGGCCAGUAUCAUCGCACUCAGCCGGUUAUUUUUUGAGUUUCACUCGCGGUUAAGCGAUAAGACGAAAGAGGAGCUUGUGGAUACCGUCUCCAUGUUUUUGCAGUCGAACAACCGCGAAAUCGUCCGUGCGGUGCUUGGAUUUAUCAAGGUUAUGGUCGUGGUAUUGCCCACAGAAAUGCUGGAACCCAGAAUGCCAAAUAUUGUGCCCGGGUUAAUGGUUUGGAGUAAAGAGAACAAAGGGCGAUUGAGGGCCAAGGUCAAGGGGAUAUUAGAUCGGUGUCUGAGAAGGUUCGACUCAGCCAAGGUUGAAAGUUGGGUUGGUGGUGAGGAUAGGAAGAUGGUGGUAAAUAUCCGCAAGCGGAGAGAGCGAGGGAGGCGGAAGAAGAAAGACGAUGAAGAGAUCGAUGAAGAUGAGGGAGCUACGACGAAGAUAUAUGACAAUGAGUUCGAUGAGGCUGUCUAUGGCUCUGACGAAGACGAUUCGGAAAUUGAAGGCAGCGACGAUGAAGAUGAUGACAACGAUACUAUGUCAGGAGUUUCCUUCAAGAAAUAUUCAGCGGCUGGCAGGAACAGAGGGAAUGAGCAGUAUAUCCGUCAAGAUGAAGAGGACGAAGAGCCACUCGAUCUUCUCGAUCCGCGAAGCAUGGCGAGCAUUGCUACCAAAAAACUGGGACGACUGAGGGAUGUGCGUCCCGGGACGAAGAAUACGAAAGCAAAGGUAAAUGAGGAUGGCAAACUUGUCUUCAGCGGCGACCAAGACGGUGAAGGCGGUGACGCCGAUGUUGUCAUGUCUGGCUCUGGAAAUCAAGACAACUCGGUCAACGCGUAUCUCGACGCGGUGUCUGGCGCUGAUGCCGUAAGAAGGGGCCAGAAAGGCAGGCUGAAAGUCAAAUCCGGAAUGCAGAAGAAAUCGAAGCAGGAGACUCGCGACAGAGGCGAUGAUGAGAUGGAGUUGGACGUUGCAGAGGCGAGACAGGUUGCGAGACGGAUCAUGCAGGGUUCUGGAUCUCCCAAGUCCCCCAGUGGCAAGGGAAGGGAUCCCAAGCAGCAAAGACGAGGUCUAGGCGUCGAGAAGAGGAAAGACCAGUCUCAGAAGCAGCGAUUUCGAAGUGGAAGUGGCGCGGGAAAACGGGGUGGUGGAAGAGUGCGAUUUGGAGGAAGGACUGGCAGCAGAAGAUGA